GCGCCGAGGAUCGCAGUGCGCGUGGCCGCGGCGGCUGGUGUGGGGUUGAGUCAGUUGUGAGACCCGGAGCUGCGGACGGGCGGGCGGCCCAGCGAGCCGGCGACAGAGCGGCGGGCGUGGGGUUCGGGAGCCGAGCGCUGGCCCCGCGUCAAGUCGGGCCGAGCCGCGCCGCAGCCGCCGCCGCCGCCGCCGCCCCCCGCCCGCAGCCAGCGACCCGCCGCGGGCGCGCCCCCGCUCUGCGCUGUCUCCGAUGGCGUCCGCCUCCGGGGCCAUGGCGAAGCAUGAGCAGAUCCUGGUCCUCGACCCGCCCACAGACCUCAAGUUUAAAGGCCCCUUCACAGAUGUAGUCACUACAAAUCUUAAGUUGCGAAAUCCAUCGGAUAGAAAGGUGUGUUUCAAAGUGAAGACUACAGCACCUCGUCGAUACUGUGUGAGGCCCAACAGUGGAAUUAUUGACCCAGGGUUGACUGUGACUGUUUCAGUAAUGCUGCAGCCUUUUGACUAUGACCCCAAUGAGAAGAGUAAACACAAGUUUAUGGUACAGACCAUCUUUGCUCCACCAAACAUUUCAGAUAUGGAAGCCGUGUGGAAAGAGGCAAAACCCGAUGAAUUGAUGGAUUCUAAAUUGAGAUGUGUAUUUGAAAUGCCCAAUGAAAAUGAUAAAUUGAACGACAUUGAACCCAGCAAAGCCGUUCCCCUGAACGCUGCGAAGCAGGACGGGCCCGUGCCAAAGCCACACAGUGUUUCCCUCAAUGAUACUGAGACGAGGAAGCUCAUGGAAGAGUGCAAGAGGCUCCAGGGAGAGAUGAUGAAGCUAUCGGAAGAAAACCGACACCUGAGAGAUGAAGGCUUAAGGCUCAGAAAGGUAGCACAUUCGGAUAAACCUGGAUCCACCUCAGCUGCAUCGUUCAGAGAUAAUGUCACCAGUCCUCUUCCUUCACUUCUUGUUGUAAUUGCAGCCAUUUUCAUUGGAUUCUUUCUAGGGAAAUUCAUCUUGUAGAGUGAAGCAUGCAGAGUGCUAUUUCUUUUUUUUUCUCUUGACCAGAAAAAGAUUUGUUUACCUACCAUCUCACUGGUAGUGUGGCCCACAGUGACCAUUCUUUGUGUGUACAGCGUCAUAUAGGCCUCGCCUGUAACAGUCUCACGGUUAGAAACACAGUAAGAGCAGAGUGUUGGGCUCCCGGACAGCGUGAACGUCACCAGACCAUCCCUAGCAGGUGUCAUUGCACAUUCAGUCCUUUAUGAAAUUCAUAAAUAAAGAAUUGUUCUUUCUUUGUGGUUUUAAUAAGAGUUCAAGAAUUGUUCAGAGUCUUGUAAAUGUUAUUUUAAUAAUCCCUUUAAAUUUUAUCUGUUGCUGUUACCUCUUGAAAUAUGAUUUAUUUAGAUUGCUAAUCCCACUCAUUCAGGAAAUGCCAAGAGGUAUUCUGUGGGGAAAUGGUGCCUCUUACAGUGUAAAUUUUCUCCUUUACCUUUGCUAAUAUCAUGGCAGAAUUUUUCUUAUCCCUUGUGAGGCAGUUGUUGACUGAGUUUUUCAUCCUUCCAACCCUGUCCCAUGGUAUUUAACACAAAAAUAAUAAAACUGUUAACAGAUUCUUGCUCGA